GCGUACUCAACAAAGGAGACUACGAUAUUCGACAAAAAAUCAAAAUACCUCGAAGACCUUAUUUCAGUUUGACGCCUGUCAAGCUAUGUUGUCUUCAAACUUGGUGAUUGUGAAAAUGCCGAUAAAACUGCAUUGAAAACGUAUUUUGGUCCUCAAAAUAUUGACAGGGGAUAUUGGGCUUCCAUUAGUGAAUUUCUGGGCAAAACAAACAAUAGCUGAAUGAAAACUUUUUGAAGAUGAAUAUACAUGAGAGAGCUCCCCGCUUCCUUCCUGGGGUCAUGCAGGCCAUUGCAGAUCUCAAAGACAGUCGUGGAUCUACGCAGAACAAGAUUAUAGAUUACAUACAGACGGCUGUGACUAUGACCAACCUAUCUCCGAAGCCAAGGAACAUUGCCAUACAAGUGAAAAAGGCAUUGCAACAUGGCGUCAGUAGAGGUCUGAUAAAUCAACGUAGCGGCAAGUAUAGGCUGGCUUUAGACCAAAAGGACUUUACCAUCUACAAGUCUUUGAAGAAGACGGGUUCUCUGCCUCUUAGAAGAGCACCGAAGUCAGCCAAAUUGCGCAAAGUUAAAUCUGCGAUGCCCAGACCCACGGUGUGUCGUCGAAGGAGCGGCAGACGUAGUAAAAAUAAGAAACGCCGGCGCCGCAGCGGAAGGCGUCGCCGAAGACAGUCACUAGGAGAUGGCGAUGAGAGGGACAUACAGCCGACGACUAAAAGUGAACAUUCCGUCCAGAAACAUUCAUCUGAAGUUGAACUACAAUCCGCAGAUUCAAAACAAUCAGUGGUGGAACAAAAAAGCCUGGACACUCUGAGUGGAAGUUAUAUCAUUUAAAAAUGGAAUUUAUUGUACGUGUAAAUUAUAGUGAAAUGUCCAUUGGAUAUAUAAAAUGUGUAAAUAUUUGUGUACAUAAACUCACCUUGUUUGAACCUCAA